GCGUGCGCUUCCGGGUACCGCCGCUCGUCCCCUCGGCCACGCCGCGUCCCGCCCGCAGCCUCGCAGCCCCGCAGCCCCCGCCGCCCCGAGCCCCUCCGCCCCCUCCUCGCCUCUCUCCGCGCCGGACGAUGCUGCCGCGGGGCUCCCGGGGGCCGCUGCCGCCCUUGCUCCUGGUGUGGGCGCUGGCGGCCUGCGCCGCGCGGGCCUCCGAGAUCACGUUCGAGCUGCCCGACAACGCCAAGCAGUGCUUCUACGAGGAGAUCGCCCAGGGCACCAAGUGCACCCUCGAGUUUCAGGUGAUCACUGGAGGUCAUUAUGAUGUUGACUGUCGGUUGGAAGAUCCCGAUGGCAUUGUACUGUACAAAGAGAUGAAGAAACAAUAUGAUAGCUUCACAUUUACUGCAUCCAGGAAUGGAACAUACAAGUUCUGCUUCAGCAAUGAGUUCUCUACUUUCACACACAAAACUGUGUACUUCGAUUUCCAGGUUGGAGAAGAUCCACCACUGUUUCCUAGUGAGAACAGAGUAACCGCCCUAACCCAGAUGGAGUCUGCAUGCGUUUCAAUUCACGAAGCUUUGAAGUCUGUCAUCGACUAUCAGACUCACUUCCGUUUGAGGGAAGCGCAGGGCCGCAGUAGAGCAGAGGAUUUAAACACAAGAGUGGCCUACUGGUCAAUAGGGGAAGCAAUCAUCCUUCUUGUUGUUAGUAUCGGGCAGGUAUUUCUUCUUAAAAGCUUCUUCUCGGAUAAAAGAACCACGACAACGCGUGUUGGAUCGUAACCACUAGCGGCAAUGGUUUAGGUGUGUUACUCAUUAAGAUUAGUGGUUCUCCAAUUUAACUGUAGGUACAGAGGUCUGAAUAUAUGCAACAUUCAAAUGUGUAUACUCCUCAUCUCUUAAAAAUCACAAAACAGACCCAAAAAGUUAUGAAAGGGACACAUCAUUUGUAAUAUUUUUAAGGGUCCUUUGGAACUUAAAUAUUUUAAUUCCUGUAUUAAAAUAUACGGCAGUGUCUAGUUCUCUAUUUCUACUGAUACUGAUUGAAACCAAGUUUGAUUUUUACCACUACAAUUAGUCAUCUGCAGUGUAACACUUUAAAAUAACACAACAGUCUAGUGUCUAAUACAGGAGAUUAUAUAUAUGAAAAUCUCAUUUCAUUUUAAUUUUCAGGCUGAAUAUCUUGCAUUAUAAAAAAGAAAAUGUGAUUAACUGUAGUGCACUGUUUUGAUUUGCUGUUUUAAAAAAAUGGAAUCAUACCCAUUGCUUUUUUGUAAAAUCGUUGAAAGCUUGGCACUACAUUGUGGUACACAUUCUUUAUCAGCCUAGAAAGUCUUCAGAAUUUGCUGAAUUUUAUACUUCAUUAUGAUUGCUUAAACAUACAUUCUUCUGUAUUAAAAUAAAUACAUUUUCUCUUUUGCUAUGUUUGUUUUUCUGAAGAAAUUGUAAGCUGAGACUCCUCAGGAAAUCCACUUCUGCAUACAAAAAAAAAAAAAAAAUCCAAAUUUCCAAGUUUAUGUAAAAAACAUGCAGUAGAAUAGAGAGUCUUGUAACUUUGUCAUUGAACCUUUGCAGUACUCAUACAUGCUGCUGCUGCUUUUUGGAUUUAAGACCAGAAGUAGCUUGGUUUGUUAAGCAGCACAGCACCAGCACUGGAUGAGGUUAUAUUAUGUGUUAGGCACGUACAAAGCUUUUUGCUAAAUUCUUUUCCUAGUAAGAGGGCAAUUUGAUGUUGAUACUGCAUUGCACAAGUGCUGUAAAUAUUUCUCUGUGUGGUGCACUGAGACAUGACAGCCUUGUGCAUCUAAUUGCCACUCUAUUUUGUUAGUGGUCAGGAAAUGUUUUAAAUAUUUCAGGUUAUCUUUUUGGUAGAGUUAUUAGACUUACAUUGUUUUCACUGCUCGUGUCUUCAGUAGCUUAUGUACUGUAAAAUUUUCUUUUAUUUGGUUGUGGAAGGUAGUAAAUGUAUGUACAUGCCCAGAGUUUGAAGUGAGCUGGUCAUAGUAAGGCUAAACUCCUUCAAGUGGCUCUGGGGAAAAAAAAAAGUAGGCUGACCAAUUCUUUAAUGCACACAAAAUAAACUAAAGUGAAAAAUUUGUCAUGUAUUACUAGCUAAAUCAAAAGAUGCUUCUUACACAAGUUCUUGGCAAGCAGAGAAAGAGUACUACACUCUUAUUAAUUGCCUAUAGUAUUUCUAGCAAAAAUUUGAAAUUAGUUGUUCAGGUGACACUUGAGCAGUCUAAGGGUGAUCUAAGAUGACUUGAUUUUAAAAUCAUGUCAUGGUUGAAAAAAAUUAAACUGCCCCUACUCUGUUGUGAACUGAUUGACUGCUCUUUAGAACCUGAAGGAAAGCAUCAGACAGCUCAAAGACUGUGUAGAAGGUAAUGGAGGUAUUAAAUGUUCUUAAGUAAAAUUCAGGAUGUAAAGUUUUGCUGUGCUGUACUGAAUUUUGAAUACUGCAGUCUCAUUUUGGGAUGCAGGUUCCCCAGAAAUAGUUAGACCCACUAAUACAAGAAAACAAAAGUCUGCUUUUGUCUUGUGAUACAAAUGUGUGCCUGCACACAACAUUCUUGAUUGUACCUCUAUGCUUUCUUCUUGUGCUUCAGCAACUGAUGUCUUGUACUUUUUGUGCUGCAUUGCACACAGUAGUAAAGCAAGUGGUACACUUCAGGUGCAAGUGUCAAAUGAAAACAUGAUUUACUUUUGCUAGUGUUCAUUAUUUCUGGAGUUUGAAUAUUAGUUAUGUAGCUUUAAUCACAACAAAGGCAUUUGGUUGAAUGCUUGAAUUGUGUUGGGUUUUUUUUUUACUGAGUUCUUCUGUGUGCUGGCAAAAGUGGUAAAUAGUGCUAUAAAACUGAUGAUGAUCAGCUAUUGCAUACAUGUCUCUUUAUUCUUUCAUAAUGUUUGAAUGUGUGAAGUGGACUGUUCCAUUCAAUGUUACUCCCACAGCAGAGAUUUAGUGGAUUUGACUUUUCCAUUAAAGUUAGGUGUCUGAACCAGUGCUCUGGCAUCCUGCUGCAUAAUAUGCAGCAACAGCUUAAAAAUGCCUUUAUUUUUGUGUUGUUAAAAACAUGGCACAAACACACGUUUAAACGUAGCUGUAUAUAGUUUUUAACUGACUGAAUAGGAUAUAAUAAAACACACAUGCUAACACGCAGUGGGUGAAGAAGUGCAUUGUGACCUUUGGUUAAAGCUGCACCUUUUUAAUAUAUGAGCAGUUUGGUUAAUGGUGUGAUACGCAAGAAAACACCCUGCGUUAAAGGGGAUAUUACUGUGUUUUUAAUUGCUAAAUGCUCUGGGUUUUAGCUAUGCGUUGGAUGUUUUAUGUUUACAAGACUUCUUUUCGUGUCCUGAAAUGUCGGUUCUUUAGUUUGAGGGCAUCGGGUCGGGGCGGGGGGAAAUUUAGUUUGAAUAAGACAAAAAGCAGACCCUGUGAAUAUUGUAUGGGAAAAUAAAAAAUUAAUAUAUGAA